AUGAAGAUGCAGGGUCUGUUCUUGGUGGCUAUUUUCUGCAUCUCUUAUACGCAACUGGUCAAGGGGCAAACCUUGCGCGGUUGCCCAACGACAUGUGGCAACGUAUCACUUGAGUACCCUUUUGGCACUUCUCCAGGUUGUUACUAUGCUGAAGAUGAUAGUUUCAAAAUCACGUGUAACAAGAAAGAUGAGUUACUUAUUGGUGACCGUAAAGUGAUCAAAAUUUCUCACAGUGGUGAGCUACGCGUCUGGGUUGAUAUUUCUUAUGCUUGCUAUGAUACAAAAGGAACUUUGAGCUAUGGCAUUUACCACUCUUACAAACUGACUAAUUUAUCUCUCUCCACCAACAACAAGUUUACUUUAGUAGGCUGUAACGCUUACGCACUUCUAAGCACUUUUGGAAUGCGAAAUUACUCAACUGGAUGCUUGUCAUUAUGCAAUUCUCAACCGGCAGCAAAUGCAGAAUGUAAUGGUGAAGGUUGCUGCAGAACAGACGUCUCUGUCCCUUUGGAUAACUAUGAAUUUAAAACUAGUCCAGCUCGCUUGGGGAACAUGACUAAUGUGCAUCACUUUAAUCCUUGCACCUAUGCCUUUCUCGCCGAAAAUGGUACUUUUGAUUUUGAUGCUUUGGAAGAUCUUAAGAAUAUGCGGAACGUCACUGCGUUCCCUGUGGUAUUCGAUUGGUCUGUUGGAGACAAAACAUGCACGCAAGUUGGAAACACAAGCGUAUGCGGGGGGAACAGCAAAUGUUUCAAUUCUACUCGUGGAACCGGGUAUAACUGCAAAUGUUUUGAAGGUUUUGAGGGGAAUCCUUACCUUUCAGACGGUUGCCAAGACAUCAAUGAGUGUACCACUAGUAAUACUAUCUAUAGGCACAACUGUUCGGCUCCCAGCACCUGUGAAAACGAGCCGGGACACUUCAUUUGUAAUUGCCCAUCUGGUCACCGAAAAAACUCCUCUAGUAGCUGUGAGCCUAAAGAUAUGCUUCAAUACUUUGGAUGGACUCGAAUUUUUCUUGGAACCACUCUCGGCUUCUUGGUCAUCCUACUUGCCGUUAGCUGUGUACAGCAGAAAAUGAAACACAUGAAGAACACUGAGCUCCGACAACAAUUCUUCGAGCAAAAUGGUGGUGGCAUGUUGAUACAACAACUCUCGGGAGCAGGGCCAUCCAAUGUUGAUGUCAAAAUAUUUACUGAAGAAGGCAUGAAGGAAGCAACCAACGGUUAUGAAGAGAGCAGAAUCCUGGGCCAGGGAGGCCAAGGAACAGUCUACAAAGGGAUAUUGCCGGACAACUCCAUAGUUGCUAUAAAGAAAUCUCGGCUUGGAGACAGUAGCCAAGUAGAGCAGUUCAUCAAUGAAGUGCUUGUGCUUUCACAAAUCAACCAUAGGAACGUGGUGAAGCUCUUGGGCUGCUGUCUAGAGACUGAAGUUCCCUUGUUGGUCUAUGAGUUCAUUUCUAGUGGCACCCUUUUCGAUCAUUUGCACGGUUCCUUGUUUGAUUCUUCACUUACAUGGGAACACCGCCUGAGAAUAGCCGUAGAAAUUGCUGGAACUCUUGCAUAUCUUCACUCCUCUGCUUCAAUUCCAAUCAUCCACCGCGAUGUCAAGACUGCUAAUAUUCUUCUGGAUGAAAACUUAACUGCAAAAGUAGCCGAUUUUGGUGCUUCAAGGCUGAUACCGAUGGAUAAAGAGCAGCUCACAACUAUGGUGCAAGGCACUCUUGGUUACUUAGACCCAGAAUAUUACAAUACUGGGCUGCUAAACGAAAAGAGUGAUGUUUAUAGCUUCGGGGUAGUACUUAUGGAGCUGCUCUCAGGUCAGAAGGCCCUAUGCUUUGAAAGACCACAGAACUCAAAACAUCUGGUGAGUUACUUUGCUUCUGCCACAAAAGAAAAUAGGUUGCAUGAGAUUAUUGACGGGCAAGUGAUGAAUGAGAGUAACCAGAGGGAGAUCUAUGAAGCUGCAAGAAUUGCUGUUGAGUGUACAAGAGUGACGGGAGAGGAAAGGCCAAAGAUGAAGGAAGUAGCUUCAGAGCUAGAGGCCGUAAGAGUCACCAAAACAAAACAUCAAUGGUCAGAUCAGUAUCCCGAGGAGUCUGAGCACUUGCUCAGUGUUGGUAUCUUAUCAGCACAAGGGGAAACCAGUAGCACUGGCUACGACAGCAUCAAGAAUGUCGCAAUAUUGGACAUUGAAGCUGGGCGCUGA